UCGUCGCCGACAGACAGCACACAUUGAAGAUGGGCCAACACAAGAAAGAAGCCAGCCGCAAGGAGCGUCAGGGGAAGGUCGGCGAUGGCAUGGCAAAUGUCAAGACCAAGGGAGAGAACUUCUACAGGAGCGCAAAGAAGGCGAAGACGCUGAAUAUGUUCAAGGAUGGAAAGCCACAGAGGAACGCCGCCGGGAAGAUUACCAAGGCAGCCUCGUUCCAGAGUCGUGAAACGCCUGUAGCGCGAGUCGAACCGAAUCGCAAGUGGUUCAACGCAACCCGAGUUAUUUCCCAAGAUGCCCUCGAAGCCUUCCGUGGUGCUGUUGCAGCCCAAGCCUCCGACCCUACCACUUUCCUCCUGAAGCAAAACAAGCUGCCUAUGAGCUUAAUCCGAGAUGCGCCACAGUUGAAGGACGGGCUCAAGCAGCAUGGAGCCAAGAUCGCAAUUGAGUCCGCACCCUUCAAGGAUACAUUUGGGCCAAAAAUGCAAAGGAAGAGGGUGAAGCUUGAUGUUAGCUCGCUGGAGGACCUCGCAAACAAGUCGGUGGAGAUGCACGGCACUUAUCUCGAGAGGCUGGAACAGGCGAAGCUUCUCAGCGGCACCUCUGGGGAUGUAGAAGAGGGAGGCGAAGGUGACGACUUUGGUGACGGCACUCUCAGCCGAGCACGGGAGUCUAUUUUCAGCAAAGGGCAGUCCAAGAGAAUUUGGAACGAACUUUACAAGGUCAUUGAUUCUAGCGACGUAAUCCUUCACGUACUGGAUGCACGAGAUCCUUUAGGCACUAGGUGCCGUUCUGUCGAAAAGUACCUCAGAGAGGAAGCUCCUCACAAACAUCUCGUCUUCGUUCUGAACAAGGUCGACUUGGUACCAUCUCGAGUCGCAGCUGCCUGGGUCCGCGCACUCUCCAAAGAGUUUCCAACCCUCGCCUUCCACGCCUCUAUGAACAACUCCUUUGGCAAAGGUAGUCUCAUCCAAGUCCUACGCCAAUUCUCCUCCCUCCACUCCGAUCGCAAGCAAAUCUCCGUCGGUCUCAUCGGCUACCCGAACACCGGCAAGUCCUCAAUCAUCAACACCCUGAAAAAGAAGAAGGUCUGCGUGGUUGCUCCGAUUGCCGGCGAAACCAAAGUCUGGCAAUACGUCACUCUGAUGAAGCGCAUCUACAUGAUCGACUGCCCCGGAAUCGUGCCUCCGAACAAAUCAGACAGUGACGAAGAGCUCCUCCUCCGCGGCGUCGUCCGCAUUGAGAACGUCGAACACCCCGCGCAGUACAUCGAUGCUAUCCUCUCCCGCUGUCAGCCCCGCCACAUUCAACGCACAUAUAAUCUCGAAGGCUACUCCAGCUCGACGGACUUCCUGGAACAACUGGCGCGGAAAGGCGGUCGGCUACUCAAAGGCGGUGAGAUUGACGAGGAUGGUUGCGCGAAGAUGGUCAUCAACGACUUCUUAAGGGGAAAAAUACCUUGGUUCACGCCACCACCCAUGCUUGACGGCGUAGAUUCAAUAACACAUGGCAUCGAGGGCCGUGAUGGAAAGCUAGGCGAAAUGGGCAAGAAGCGGAAGAGGGACGAGGCCACAUCUACGAUCGCAGAUGACGAUACCACCGUUCAGGACUCGGAGCUGCGCGACGUGGAAGCCUCAGAGGACGACGACGAGUUCGAAGGAUUUGACCACGCUGAUGACGAUAUCGCAGUCACUGGGAAGGCCGAUUCUGACGCCGAAUCAGACGAUGAUUUGGAUGGCGCUGAGGCAACCAGCCUGGUGCUACGUGCCGACGCUACGUCUGAUGAGGAUGAUGCGGAGGUGGAGGAGGAGGUCCAGGUCAUCACAGAAGCGUUAGCCAACGCACGGAAGCGCAGACGGAAGGAGUAGCGCGGUCGUCUCGUAGAUAUAUGAGGGAAUGCAUCAUGAUACCCACUCAAUCCCAACUUAUGUUGGCAACGCCGUCUGUUCUUGUUCUCAUAUCACUCCCCAUUCUCACACUCCCCAUUAUUAGACUACGUUCGCUAUCAUUGCCGCUGUCGCCGACCUUUUCGAUGAAGACUUGCGUCACACCCAGCCUCG